GAGAUGGUCAGCUUCCGAGCCGGUACAGCAAAAUGCUGGAUGGACACUGCUCUCUGGGAUGGGAACUCUUCGCUGUUGUAGUCUUUCUGACCAUCGGCAACACCACUGCCUACUUCGGUUUAACUGGUAAUGAACCACUCACCAUCUUGCCUCUGACUCAAGAAACAGAACUGACGCACGGGAAGGCUCACUUCAAGGUCUGUGACCGUCUGAAGCUGGAACGGAAACAGCGGCGAAUGUGCCGGCGGGAUCCUGGAGUGGCAGAGACCCUCAUGGAAGCAAUCAGUAUGAGUGCCCUUGAGUGUCAGUACCAGUUCAGAUUUGAGAGGUGGAACUGCACCCUUGAGGGGCGAUACAGGACAAGCCUUUUGAGGAGAGGUUUUAAAGAGACUGCCUUCCUAUAUGCCAUCUCUUCUGCUGGAUUGACUCAUGCCCUUGCCAAAGCUUGCAGUGCUGGACGAAUGGAGCGAUGUACCUGUGAUGAAGCUCCUGACUUGGAAAACCGGGAAGCUUGGCAGUGGGGCGGCUGUGGGGACAAUCUCAAGUACAGCAACAAGUUUGUCAAAGAAUUUAUGGGACAAAAGAAAUCCAACAAAGAUUUACGAGCCCGUGUAGAUCUGCACAAUACCAACGUUGGUGUCAAGGUUAUCAAAUCUGGUGUGGAGACCACCUGCAAAUGCCACGGUGUUUCUGGUUCCUGUACUGUUCGGACUUGCUGGAGGCAGCUGUCCCCUUUCCACGAGAUUGGCAAAUUGCUCAAAUUGAAAUAUGAAACCUCACUCAAAGUAGGCAGCACGACUAAUGAAGCGACUGGCGAAGGAGAGAUUACCCCACCGAAAAAGGCCAUCGCUGCUACUCAUCACCAACAGCAUCAAAUCCCAAGGACUACUGAUUUGGUAUAUAUUGAUGACUCGCCAAGCUUCUGCCGGCCAAGCAAGUACUCACCUGGCACUGCAACACGCAAGUGCUAUAAGGACAAGAACUGUGAGAGCAUCUGCUGUGGUCGGGGGCACAAUACUCAGAGCCGAGUAGUGACUCGACCCUGUCAGUGCCAAGUGCGCUGGUGUUGUUAUGUGGAGUGUAAGCAAUGUACUCAAAGAGAAGAGAUUUACACCUGCAAAGACUAAAGCUUCUGCGUUCCUAUGGGAAAGGCCCUGGGGAGUCAUGGUGUGGACCAUGGACAUUUUGCUUGAGGAAAUACUGCAAUAAAUCCCAAUAAGUCCGGAAUUCCAUUUUAAUGUACAGAAAAUGUAUAAACUAUAUCACACAUCUCUUAAAUUCAGAGUCUGAGGUAAAAAAUGCAGAGAAGAUAAAUAUCAAUCGGUUUAAUACCUGGUUCUAGAGAAACCAGUUCACUCCAACAUCCUGGAUAUAAUUUGUCAUCAGCAGCAACUGAACAUAUCAAUGAAACCUUCAGUAACUAUCACACUCACCAGCCAAUUAAGAAUUUGGGAAAUGCAGUUCCAAUGACUGACAACUGGGGAUGUUCAGUUUAAGGUCCAUGUAUAUCAUUCAACCCUCCAUUAAGUAAUUAUUGAUAUUACUUAGAAGCUUUUAAACAGGCUAGGUAAAUAUGGAAGAUCUAGCAGGUUUCAUCUGGACUGCAGUGCAGAAGAGUAAAGAAGCAAUUUAAAAAGCCAACAUGUAACAAGUAGAUAAAUUCAAUGGG